ACAACCUCAUUGCCCUAGAAAAAGAAGUCGUUCUCCAGCAAACAAGUCCCCGUACCCUCAUUCUUUCUUCAUCCUCCCCUACUACCUUCAAUCACCACACUUGUGAUACCCUCACUGCUAGUAGUCGACAUCUUUCCUAACCCAACUUGUAACGACUUACCACCAAUCGACGUCAUCAUGGCAGAGAAGAGCCAGCCAACAGGUUCGCAGGGAGAGUAUUACCCUCCUCCUCCUCCUGGACCUCCACCAGGCCACAACGGUCUCGCGAUGCAUCCCAACGAAUAUCCCAUUCCUGAGUCCCAGUCCGAUCUCUACGAUUAUCCUCCUCCUCCGUCUACCCAGCAGCAGCAGCCACAACAACAGACGCACCACCAACCACCUCCUCCCUCGGACGGUGAUGGUUCGGCCAAGAAGGCUGGCUGGGGACAGCGGUUUGCCGCCAUGGGCAACAAGGCCGCUGUGCCUUUCAACGCGCUGGCGAACAAGCUGGGCGCAGAGGCGUUCCUGCCCAGCACCAUGGACAAGGAGGUGGAGAAGGCAAGCAGGAUACUGAGAGCAUUCUGCAAGGAUGGCAUCUACACCGACGCCCAAGCACCCGAGACCGUCGAGGCGCCCACGACCGACGCAGAGGGCAAGCCCACCACUGCGCCCGCCAAGCCCAAGAAGAACCGCACUCUCCUCACCAUCCCCUCCAAGGUCAUCAACAAGGCCGUCGGUCUGGCCAUCUUCACCACAGCCCGCGCGGGCUUCCACAUCUCGGGCGCGACAGGCUCCGGUGUCAUCGUCGCCCGGCUUCCUGACGGCAGCUGGUC